AUGGCACUAUGCGAUCAGCAAUUUCAAUAUUUUUAUCCAAAUUUCCAGAAUAAAACAGCAAUUAGUUUAUGCCAGUUUCAAUUUAAAUUAAUUGAAAUUGUGUCACAAAUUUCGGCUUACGAGUACAUCGCUUCAUGUGUAUGCUUUCUCAUAAACGUUGUUCACAUCCUUGUUCUGACUAGAAAAUCAAUGAGAACAUCUUCAAUUAAUGUUAUAAUGACCGCAGUUGCUAUAUUUGAUAUUUGCUCAUAUCUACUAAACUUCGGAACUCUAGCCGUCAGAAUUAUCUCAUCGUAUUCAAAAUGUUUCAAUGAGUCGUCUUAUCAAAUGAUAUUCCUGAAUAAUUGUCUAUUCUUUAUCAACGAGUACGCCCGCCGAUGUUCCACGUGGCUCUUAUUCAGCGUUGCAGUAAUUCGGACACUAGUUAUUCGAAAUCCAAUGAGCCCCAAAUAUGCUAAACUGUCAAAUUCAUCUACUGCACUACGCGUGAUCUUUGGAGUAUCCAUCAUCUGCAUUAUUUUCUCUAUUAAUACUGCUCUCGAAAAUGAAAUUGAAAUUAUUGAUAGAAAACCAUCAGAAUGCAAUUCAAAAGGUGUUAUAUCAUAUGGACAUGUUGUUUCCAAACUAUUCUGGCAAAACGACGAGUUUUUACUGAAAAUCUCUACAUUCACCACUGCAAUUGUUUCACAUAUUAUCCCGUGCAUUCUUUUUCCAAUAAUCACUAUUAUUCUUAUUAACGAACUCCGAAGAAUCGAUGUCAAACGAAAAAGCUCCACAUCUUCCAAUAAGGCUAAAGAUUCUCAAAACAGAACAAAAUUGGUUUUCUAUAACACAAUAUUAUUUCUCAUCGCAGAGUUUCCUCUUGGCUUCAGUAUGGCUGUUACUUGGUUUUUUGUCGAUGUUCCCGGAUUACAACUAAUAUUCUCAUACUCCCAAUAUCUUUUUUCCGUGGUAUUGACUAUUAACACAAGUUCACAUUUUGUCAUUUGUAUGCUUAUGUCAUCUCAAUACCGGAACAAUGCAAAGAUCCUAAUAUUUAAUGUUGAAUUAUUGAAGAAUAAAAAAGUCAGCAUCAGCAGCUUAUCGCAAACUGCUUCAAGUACACAUUGUAAAUAUUAG